AUGGUGCUCGUUCUCGAGGCAGAAUUUCAAGACUCCUCGAAAACAAAGGCAUGUCUCGUCUUGUCGGAUUUGUAGUCACUGCUGCUGGAUAAAUUGUUGUACCUAUCUUAAUUUAUUCGUUCGAAAACAUUAGAAAUUCUGUUAUAUGGAAACAUUAAAUAUGAUAUUAAAGUGAUUUGAUACAGCACUGAAAUAUUCCGCGCAACCUACGUCAUAGUUGAUAAAACGCUGCAAUCUGUGUGUCAUCUGACUUGUUAAGAUUUAGUGUUUUGUCUGUCGAAGUGUAAUUUUUUUAUGAGUACUGAUAUCGACCAACAUAAAAGAAAGAUGUGUUAUCGAGAAGUGUCACAAUUACAAAAUACUUGAUCGAUUGAUUCAUCUGAUUGUGAGGUUUAUGAAAGAAGCUAGAUAAAUUAAAGUUACCAAUAAGAAGGAAAGAUGUCAGGUGGAGAAAGAAAAAAACGUGCUUGCGACAGAGGACAGGGUUGGGAAGAGGCAGGUGCUGAAUUUUAUCAGGAAAGUUAUCCUGCAGCAAUUGAAGCAGAUUUGCAACAAGCGUUACAAAGAGAUCCUUCUCAUAUAGCCACUUUACUCCCGAGUAAAAAGUCCAGAGUUGCAACAUCUAAGCGGAUACGUAAUGACACAAAAACAACAUUAAGGAGACGUACCAGUACAAGGUCUCGUGGCACAACUACAUCAAGACGUAUGUCAACAAAUAUUCAUGAUGCAGCAGUGUCUAUGUUGCCAGACUUGUCUGAAAAUUUAUCUAACGAGGAACGGACAUGGGAAGAAAUAAUGCAAAUUAAGGCUAUGCCUGUGUGUAUGGCACAAAAGAUACAAUUAAAAAAUCAAUUGCAAAGUGCAACAAAAUUAAGGUUGCAAGGCUUUGAACAAUUGAAAUGGCAACGAAGGAAAGCUUGGCAACAAUUUCGUAUUAGAAUGAAAGAGGCCUAUUCAAAAAUGGAGUUGUGGAAUGAUAGCCUUAAAACAAUUGGAGGAAAUUUUGGAAUGGGAAUAGUAGCAUACUUUUUAUUCAUCAAAUGGUUAAUGUAUCUUAAUAUUCUUUUAUUUACUAUUAUGUUUUUAUUUAUCGUGUUACCUGCGAUAUUACUCGAUGUGCCAGAAGAUGAAUCGUGUAUAAAUUCCAAUAGCAGUAAUAGUAUAGCUUGCUGUUCACAACAAUAUUGGAACACGACUCAAGAAAAUAUCGGUAUAACAGAUAUUGGUAUUUUAGAAUACACUUUAUUAUUUUACGGUGCAUAUACUCACAUGAGUUAUGAUGCUUCUGGCAUUUUUUACAAUUUGCCAUUAUCUUAUAUUUCUGCUACUAUUGGCGUGUUUAUUCUUAGUUUAAUAGCAAUUGUUAAGUCUGCUGCUAAAAGCUUCAAACAGAGAGUGGUUGAAAACGAGGGUCAAUUUUAUCAGUAUUGUAAUUUAGUUUUUGGUGGGUGGGAUUAUUGUAUACACAAUGAAAAGUCUGCCGACGUAAAGCAUAAAGCAUUAUACAAUGAAGUGAAAGCAUUUUUAGAAGCUGAGAGAUUAGAAGAGGAGAGACAAAAUCGAACCAGAGAGGAGAAAACAAAAUUGUUUCUUACGCGUUUUUUUAUUAAUUUAAUUAUUUUAAUGGUAUUAAUCGGCUGUGGUAUAUUUAUUUAUUAUAUAUUUGAAUUUUCAUUCGAUCAAAUUUCAUUAUACAUAGGUGAAAGCUAUGAUAGCUAUCUGUCGUUAAAUAAAAUUGUUGAGUUAUUUUUUGAAUUUCUUCCAUAUAUAUGUAUUGUUGUUUUAAAUCUUUUAGUACCGUUUCUGUUUCGAUAUUUGGUCACUCUAGAAAAUUAUAGUCCAUCAUUUGUUAUACAUAUAACUCUCUUGCGAACUGUAUUUCUACGACUUUCUUCUUUCAUUGUUUUACUCACUUCAUUUUAUAGAUUAAUCGCUGGCGAUGUACCAGAUAACGAAUGCACUAAUCACGAUGCUAGACGUCCAUUGUGUUGGGAAACAUUUGUAGGACAACAAUUUUUCAAACUUUAUAUCACUGAUCUUUUUCUUCAAUUUUUUAUGACAUUUUUUAUUAACUUUCCCAGAUCAGUAAUAGCAAAACAUACAGAAAAUAAGGUACUACGAUUUUUCGGAGAACAAGAAUUUGAUUUACCUAAGCAUGUAUUAGAUGUUGUUUAUUUACAAACUAUUUGCUGGCUUGGUUGUUUCUUUGCACCUUUGUUACCAUUGGUGGCUGUGAUCGGUACUUUCUUCUUGUUUUAUAUUAAAAAAUUUUCUUGCUUAGUAAACAGUAUUCCAUCCAGCAAAAUUUAUAGAGCGAGCAAUUCAAACGCGCUUUUCAUGUUCAUUUUACUAAUUUCAUUUAUUUUAUCUACAGUUCCAGUUGGUUAUUCCAUUGCAGAGAUGGUACCAUCGAAAUCUUGUGGUCCAUUUAGAGGUUUCAAAUCUGUAUGGUCACUAUUAAUUCUGAUGUUUGCUCACUUUCCUAAUUGGCUUCAAUCAGUUUUAUACUUUUUUGGUACUGCUGGCUUUGGCGUACCAGCUUUUCUUGUUCUUACACUACUUUUAUAUUAUUUUUAUGCGGUAGCAAUAGCGAAUAAGCAUAUGGUUACAGUUUUAAAGAAUCAAUUGGUAUUAGAAGGACAUGAUAAACAGUUCUUAUUAAAUAGAUUGAGUGCAUUUAUUAAACAGCAACAAGAUCAGAAUAAAUAUCAUCAAGACCAGGCUAAUGAGUUAGGAACAUUUUCAUAAUUAAUAUUAUGAAAACUGAAAUAAUUUUUAUGUAGAAAUUUUUAAAGUGCACAAAUUUAGCAAUUGUAUAAUAUGCUUAUAUAUGUGUAAACUAUAUACACAGAUAUUCAAAUUGAUUUAUUUACUUCUACUUUCCGCGUGGUAAUAAGACUGUUCAACUCGUUUAAUCAAUUGAAUGAUUGCUAUUGAAAAUAAUUUAGCAAAUUAGUAUAAUUAUAAAAGUCAAGAUACUUUUCACUCGAUUCGUUUAAUUUUAACUAAUAAAGCAACUUGGAAGAAUAAGAA